GGCGGGGGCGCCCGCUUUCUCUCUCUCCUCCCUCGGGCAGCCCUCCGAGACUGUUACGGCCUGGACAGCUGUUGCCAGGUUUCUGCAUCUCCACCCCCGCCCCAGCCUGGAUGUUGCUAGAGACCUAGGAACAGUCAGCAUUAACCGAGCGCCUGCCAUAUGCCAGGACUGUGCUAAGCUAGAUGAACUCAGUGCAUAGUCUUACUUAUUCCUCCUAGUAAGUGGAAAGAUGGGACUGGAAUCCAGAUGGGUGUGACCCCAGGGCCAGUGCUGACUCCAAACCCCACGAUGAGCUCUUGCAAAGCGACAGAAUUCAGAUUGUGAGUCUGACAGACCUUCAGAGACUUGCAGUCGGGCCCCACAUUCUCCAGUAUGGAGUCAAAGUUGUAUUCCAGGCAGUGCACCUGCUGUGGAAGUUGAUGUGCGUGGAGCCAGCAGCCUACAUCUUUCUCCAGAACCCUCCGGGCCUGCCCGCCAUUGCUGUCUGCUGGUUCGCGGGCUGCCUUUGCGGGAGCAAGCUUGUCGUCGACUGGCACAACUACGGCUACUCCAUUAUGGGUCUGGUGCAUGGCCCCAGCCACCCCCUCGUUCUGCUGGCCAAGUGGUACGAGAAGCUUUGCGGACGCCUGUCCCACCUGAACCUGUGUGUGACCAACGCGAUGCAGGACGACCUGGCUGAGAACUGGGGCGUCAAAGCCGUGACCGUGUACGACAAGCCAGCAUCUUUCUUUAAAGAGACGCCCUUGGACCUGCAACAUCAGCUCUUUAUGAAGCUGAGCCGCACCUACCCUGUGUUCAGGGCCCGCUCAGAAUCCUCGGACCCGGGCAUGGAGCGGUCAGCCUUCACGGAGCAGGAUGCCUUGAGUGGAGCGGUGACCCAUCUCUGCGGGCGGCCGGCCCUGUUGGUCAGCAGCACGAGCUGGACAGAGGACGAAGACUUCUCCAUCUUGCUGGCGGCACUAGAAAAAUUUGAACAGUUGAUCGACAGUGGGGAAAGCCUUCCUUCUCUGGUUUGUGUCAUAACAGGCAAAGGGCCUCUGAAGGACUAUUACAGCUGCCUCAUCCAUCAGAAGCGUUUCCAGCACAUCCAGGUCUGCACCCCGUGGCUGGAGGCUGAGGACUACCCCUUGCUUCUGGGGUCUGCAGACCUGGGCGUCUGCCUGCACCGGUCCUCCAGCGGCCUGGACCUGCCCAUGAAGGUGGUGGACAUGUUUGGAUGCUGCCUGCCCGUGUGUGCCGUGAACUUCCAGUGCUUACACGAGCUUGUGAAACACGGGGAGAACGGGCUGGUCUUCGAGGACUCGGAGGAGCUGGCAGCUCAGCUACAGACACUUUUCUCGAGGUUUCCCGAUCCUGCUGGCAAACUGCACCAGUUCCGCGAGAGCCUCCGGGAAUCAGAGCAGCUCCGCUGGGAUGAGAGCUGGGAGCAGACGGUGCUCCCUUUGAUCUCGGCCACGUGACCCCUCGGGCCAGUGAGGUGUCCUGUGCCCACCCGCCUCGCCUUUCCUCUUCCCAGCAGCCCGCCCGCUCCUGUCCUCGCGGCUGGCGCUGCUGGCUGGAUGCAGUGGAGUGGCGCCGCCUGGUGGACGGCUGCUGGAAAGACAGCAGUGGGCACUGCCUGGGGAAUAAAGCUCACGUUAACCAGGGGUUGGUGGCCCAGAAAGCUGGCUCAGCCUCCUUUCUUCUUUGGAGGCUCUGAAUUCCUUCUCUCUUUUCUUCUGUCUUCUGUGAGUCUCCCCCCCGCCCCCCCCCCCCCCCCCAUAAACUGAGGCGGGUGGGAAUAACUCCUGUUAUUUGCUUGUGGCAUCUUCAAGAUCGGUUUUGUCUCCUGCAUUUGCCAAGUCGUGUCCCUGAUAUUUUGACUCCUGCCUUGAAAACAGGCACCGUAGGCCACCCGUGCCCCACCCCUGGCCCCGGGAAGGGACCCUAGUAUGUAUCCCACAUGCAGCAUGGCUCUGUGAGGGACGUGUGUCCAGGUUGGGGAAAACACACUUGGUAUAUGUUUUUAUCUGCACAAAUGAAAUGCUUCUGUCUGAGCCAGAAAUUUCACUUCUGACUUAACGGCGAUUUGCUUAAGAAAUAAGCCAGCUGGCAGAGAGAGGGUACCCACACACUCCAGCAGUUUAUAUUUUGUUAGAACACUUUAUGGCUCCAGAUUCAGAAUUUAACAUCUUUUGAACAUUCAAGUCCAGUGGAAGUUUUAUCAGAUUCUUUACAGGACAGUGGUUUGAUUUUCAGGUUGCCCUUCAGAACCAUCUGUAAAAACUACAGCGUUAGUUUCAGAAUCGCCAUCUCUGAGUGCUCUUCGUAGGGAAACAGUUUCUGGUCGUGACGAGGCACCUCUUCCCACAGGAUUCCAGCCCGGCCUGGAAACAGAACAGAUGCAUCUCAGGGUGCUGGGGUUGGGGGCGGGAUGCCACCCUAUCAGGAUGGGGCUUUGGGACAGACACCGGAACCAGCCUCCAGGGUGGGACCAGGAACCCCCUUGGUAAGCAGCUCACAGCAGCGAGGUUUCCUGUGUCUGCCCACUGGGCUGUGUGCGUCCCUCGGAGAUCAAGGCCCUGUUGGUUCCCCGUCGCUCUCUGCCUCUGUGCUCCACCCUCUCACCGGGCACAGCUCAGUAGGAGCCGAGGGGUGAACCCACGUCUGCCUGACCACUCAGCCUGGUGCCUUCAGAGGCUGGGCCUGUGUCAGAGGGGCUUACGUCCUCUGUAAGCACGGAUGUCUGACAAGUCCUUGGCAUGGGUGGUUUUGUCAUCAGUUUUUUAUGAAUGAAAAAUCAGUAUUUAUAAAAAGGAAAUACUAGACAUACUGUUAAGUUUCAUGAUCCUGCUGUCCAAGUAUAACAUGUUAAUAAUGUUAAAUAGCAUGUAUGAAAGUCCCCCAUGUGUAUUAAUGUGGUUAUUUUUAAAAAUAAAAAUGGGCUGUAUAUGCA